AGAGCAACAACACAUAUUCAACAAAAACAAAAUCGCCAUGAGAUCGAGAAGUAACCUUAUAGGUCUCAUAAACUUCUUCACUUUCCUCCUGUCGAUUCCUAUCCUCGGCGGUGGAAUAUGGCUUAGCAGCCGAGCUAACUCAACCGAUUGCCUCAGAUUCCUCCAGUGGCCACUCAUUAUCAUCGGAAUAUCAAUCAUGGUCAUAUCUUUAGCCGGAAUCGCCGGAGCUUGUUACCAAAACAAGUUCCUCAUGUGGCUUUACCUUUUCACCAUGUUCUUUGUAAUCGCUGCUCUUAUAGGAUUCACAAUCUUCGCUUACGUAGUUACUGAUAAAGGCUCAGGCCGGUUUGUGAUGAACCGUCGGUAUCUUGAUUAUUAUCUCAAUGAUUAUUCCGGUUGGUUAAAGGACCGUGUCACAGAUAAUGGAUAUUGGAGAGAUAUCGGAUCGUGUGUUAGAGAUUCUGGAGUUUGUAAGAAGAUUGGAAGAGAUUUAAAUGGUGUUCCAGAAACUGCUCAUAUGUUUUACUUCAGAAAUCUUUCUCCUGUUGAGUCCGGAUGUUGCAAGCCGCCAACAGAUUGUGGCUAUACGUACGUGAACGAGACAGUGUGGAUUCCGGGAGGAGAAAUGGUGGGACCGAACCCGGACUGUAUGUUGUGGAACAAUGACCAGAGACUACUCUGUUACCAAUGCAGCUCUUGUAAAGCCGGUGUUCUUGGUAGCUUGAAAAAGAGUUGGAGAAAAGUCUCGGUGAUCAACAUCGUGGUUGUGAUCAUACUUGUUAUCUUCUAUGUCAUCGCGUGUGCGGCUUACCAGAAUGUUAAGAGGAUGUAUAAUGACGAACCGGUCGGUGAGGCUAGGAUGACCAAUCUCAUCCUAGUCAUUUUCAAAUUUAAGGAGAUUUUGGUACAGUUUUUCUUCGGAAUUGUGUUUUUAUUACUCUUUAAUGGUUUAAUGGUCUGUUGUUGUAAUGAUAAAUUUGCUUUUAGUGUUUUCUUCUUUGGAUAUGUUACAUAUGCAUGAUGAUGAUUGUUCUUGCAGAUUAGUUGAAAGAAAUGCUACUCAUCUUUAUAUA